GGAAAAUGGAGAAUUUGGUGGCUUAUUUAAAGAGGAGCGGCCACAUUCAUAAUUUGUCAUUUCCAUUGCAAAGUGGUAAAAAAAGAUCUCCAAAAUAUACAAAGGAAAAUGGGAGUUUUGGAUCAUUUGUCUGAUUAUUUUGAUUGCUCUUCUCAUGGCUCUAAGCACAAGAAACGCAAGCAAUUGCAGACGGUGGAGCUAAAAAUUCGAAUAGACUGCGAAGGAUGUGAGAGGAAAGUGAAGAGAGCGUUGGAAGGAAUGAAGGGAGUGAAGCAAGUGGACGUCGACCGGAAAUCCAACAAAGCCACCGUAGUAGGCUACGUCGAGCCAUCCAAAGUGGUGGCGCGUGUAGCUCACCGCACGGGGAAGAAAGCCGAGCUGUGGCCCUACGUUCCCUACGACGUGGUCGCACAUCCGUACGCGCCGGGAGUCUACGACAAGAAAGCUCCGGCUGGGUACGUGCGAAAAGCGGAUGACCCAAACGUGUACCAACUGGCACGUGCGAGCUCAACUGAAGUUCGUUAUACGACGGCGUUUAGUGACGAAAAUCCCGCGGCUUGUGUUGUCAUGUAACGGUUGUCCCUCACUUUUGUAAAUGCGCUGUAAAAAUAAGGCAUCAUUCAUAAUAAUUUCUUUUUGUCCAUUUUGUUUUGUUUUGUUUUGUUCUGUUCUCUUUUUUUUUUAAAAAGCUUCUUAGUUUAAUUUAAUUUGUAUUAAUUUGGGUGGAUAUUUAUUUUUGGUCUUUGGUCUAAAGUUCAAUUAUUAUUUAUUUUGUGGUA